AUGAGUUCCGUACCGACGACCCGCCUCCUGGCGAGAUCCAUCUUCCAGAACGCCGCUCGCACGUCAUCGAUCGCGCGAUGCUCUCCUGCCCUCCUCCGACCCUUCUCACAGACCCCAACACCGCGCGCCGAUGAAGCAAAGACAGGAGGCCAGGCGCUCCUCGCCGCCAUGUACGGCUCGCGCUCGCCAGCUGCCACGACGCCGAAAAGCUCCGCCUCGAGCACGAUCAAUGAGACCACCAGUUCGCUGAUCGAUACUCUGAACCGUGCCACCAGCACCACUGGCAACUUGGGCUCAGGCCUCGACGACCUGGUUCCCGACCAAGAAGACUUGUUAGAGCCAUACCACAUGCAUAUCUACUCCCACAAGCAUAACACACAUGUUACGGUUACAAAACCAGACCGCGGCGCUAUCGUCUCCCUUUCGACCGGCAACAUUGGCUUCAAGAAGGGCAAGAGAAGGGGUUACGAUCCGGCAUACCAGUUGACGGCAUAUGUCCUGGAGAAGUUGGUUUACGGGGGAUGGCACAAGAAAAUCAACAAGCUUGAGAUCGUACUGAGAGGAUUCGGUCCCGGACGCGAUGCGGCAGUCAGGGUGCUUAUGGCCCCCGAAGGCAAGGUUUGGAGAAGCAAGGUUGUCCGGGUGGCUGACUCGACGAGGCUGAAGUUUGGUGGAACGAAGAGCAAGAACCCGAGGCGUAUCUAG